AUGGGUGAAAAAACCUUCAUACCACCUACUGGGCUGCACAAUGACCUACGAAAGAAUUCGCUUACUACUGGUAUUCCUGGAAGUUCGCCUCCCAGUCAACAGCCUCGCUGGAACCCGACAUCGAAGAUCACAUCGGAAGGUUCGACGAGCACAACGCAUAGCCCAGCAUCUACCUUAUCUCGUGCUUCAACGCUUCCUCAUUCCGGCUCAAGUGGUGUAGGCCCCAUCAACAUUGGCCCUUCACGUCCUUCAGUUCAACAAUGGCAUGCAAUGGCCACUGCUGCAACAGCCAGUGGGUCUUCACCUUCUACAUCCUCCACGACUCCCAACUCUGGCACAGCCAUACCUGCAGUUGGAUCUAUUCCACGCUCAACACCUGCUGGACCUCUUGGUGUCGGACAGUCUCCCAACAAGUCAGCCUGGAAAUCGAGUGACCAAACCUCACCGCCAAUUCCCAUACAGACGAAGCCAUCUGGACCAGGCAGAGGCCGUUCAGAUAGCUCAGCAGCCGGUGUCAGCCCUCCUGUUGCAUUUGGUACCACUCCUCGUCCUAGCCCUCCACUAAAGACUUCUAUGUCAUCUUCUGAUAUCUUCUCCACCGUGACAGAUGCCCCUAGCCUCAAGUCGACACCCUCUAUUUCUUCGUUCCCGAAGCCUCCUGUUCCCGAAUUUCCACCUAUGGGAUCUCGUUCCGCGUCACCAUCUAAACUUUCUUUCAUUCCUCCUAAAUCAUCGCCUGCUCCUGCCAAAGUCACGUCAGCUCAAUCAAAAUCCUACCACCCCGAAGCACAGCAACCCUCCCCUGAAUCAGAAACUGGACCCUCUCGACGAGAAACUAAAUCGAAGUCCGAGGGAAGACGUCGACCCAAGGACAAAGGAAAACAACGAGAGGAGGAAGCGCGAAAACGCGAAGAAGACGAGGAAGAACGACGAAGGCUUGAAAAGGAAGCAGAGGAACAAAGAAAACGCGAGGAGGACGAAAGAAAACGCGAAGAAGAGGAAAAGGAACGACAGAGACGCGAGGAAGAAGAAAAGGAGCAAAUAAGGCGCGAAGAAGAAGAAAAGGAACGAGCAAGAAAGGAGCAGGAGGAAAGAGAGUUCAAGAGACGUGAGGCAGAGGAAAGGGAACGAAAGAGACAGGAAAGGGAGCGCAAGAGACGCGAGGAAGAGGAGAAGGAGAAGGAGCGCAAAAGACGUGAUGAUCUGGCUAGAAGACAAGAAGAGGAGCGACGGAGGCGCGAGGAAGAUGAAGAACGAGAGAGGCAAGUUGCUGAGCUUAACAGGCAGAAGGAACAAGAGGAUCAGCAAGCCAAGCAAACGGAAAGCCACGUGAACGAAGAUAUCACUCCCGAAGUCACCCAGCGAACCACUCGACGUAAAGGCGAAGUACAACGUAGAAGAGGGAAAAAAUCGGUUGAUGAACACGUGGACCAUGCUGCCAUCGAGUGGGAGCGCCAGAUUGAGGAAGAGCGUCGAGUAGCGGCAGCGCAAGAAGAAGCCCAACGCAAGGAGGCUGCAAAACGUGAAGCACUAAGACGAGAGGAGGAACGUCGAAUGCGCGAAGAGAGAGAAGAGGCAGAGAGGCGAGAGAAGGAAGAGCAGGAGAGGCGAGAGAGGGAGGAACAGGAAAGACAGGAAAGAGAAGAAGAGGAAAGAUGGGCUAGAGACGAAGCAGAAAGACUGGAAAGGGAGGAACGAGAAAGACUGGAAAGGGAAGAACGAGAAAGACUGGUAUGGGAGGAACGAGAAAGACGCGCAAAGGAAGAACAGGAAAGAAAAGAGAAGCGUGAACAAGAGAGAAAGCUAGUGGAAGAACAGGCGAGGCGGGAGAAUGAGAUCCUCCAAGAGCUACGAGCCCAAGAGGCCCUUCGCCGACGACAAGCUCAACAACGCCAGGAAGAAGAGAACAGACAAGCGAGGGCAAAACUCGAAGAGGAGCGGCGCUACAGGCAAUAUACUGCCUCCAGAAAUGAGGAAGAAAGGGAAAGGAGACAAGAAGAGGAAAGAAGGGCAGCAGAGGCACGAAUUCGAGAAGAAAAUGACCGCAUGACAGAAAGGUUCCAAGCUAGGGACCGUACGAACCAAAUGUCGUCCAACAUGCCGAAACGAUUUGCAGAUGCCUGGGAAGCGUAUGACGAGAAAUGGAAACGUCUUAUGUCGCAUGCUCAGACUGGAACACGCACUGCCCUAUCAUUCUCCACUGUUCCAUGGCCUGUCCUGAAUCCUCCUGCCGGUCCCGAAGCUAUUACCCGAAACACCGUUGGUGCCUUCAUCCUUAGUCAAUGGCACUCGUCGGGCAAAAGUAAGAGGGACCGUAUCCGCGAAGCACUUUUGCGAUGGCAUUCAGACAAGUUUGAAAGUCGUUUUUUGGGCUGGGUACCAGAGGGCGAUGAACGAGACCAUGUCAGACAAGGUGUUGGCAACGUCACACGGUCAUUGAACGAGUUAUUGGCAAGGGAAAGUUCUUCUGCGCUCACGCCACCAAUGCUAGUACUGGUGUCAGUUCUCGCUAUAGGUCAGUUUCUAAGUCGUACUUACAAAAAUAUAAUGGUCAAAGAAUCAAAUUUGUUGGCACUCCCUACAUUGGUUAUGUCCACCGAGCUUGGUAUUAUUGAACGGUUCGGUUCAAAGAUCGCGAACACGACGGAAGAAAGUGUUAUGACCAGAAAUUGA